UCUCUCUCUCUCUCUCUUCUAGAAUUAGAAUCUCAGAUUCACACAACAGAAGUUAUAGUCGACCAAACUGCAAAUUCAUAUUGGGAACUAUAUCUGCUAUUUUGAUUGGAAUAAAGAGAAAUUUUUUUGAGGGUGUGUGUUAAUUCAUUAUAUGGGGAAGUCUGGUGGUAGGAAAAAGAAAGGUGGUGUUAACCAAAACCAUGUUUCUGGAGAUAGCAACCCUGUACCAAAUGUUAACGGUGGUGUUGAUUUGAAUUCAUCAAUCUUCCUAAAAAGAGCCAAUGAGCUCAAAGAAGAAGGAAACAAAAGAUUUCAAGCUAAAGACUAUGUGGGUGCUCUUGAACAAUAUGAGAAUGCCCUUAAACUUACCCCCAAAAUACACCCGGACCGAGCUGUGUUCCAUAGCAACAGAGCGGCUUGUCUGAUGCAAAUGAAGCCCAUAGACUAUGAAACUGUGAUUGCUGAGUGUUCUAUGGCGCUUCAGGUUCAGCCCCGGUUUGUCCGGGCCCUCCUGCGGAGGGCACGUGCAUUUGAGGCAAUAGGGAAGUAUGAAAUGGCGGUGCAGGAUGUUCAAGCAAUAUUAGGCACAGAUCCUAAUCACAGAGAUGCUCAAGAGAUUGGCCAGCGACUGCGGACUGCAUUUGGGCCUCGACAAGAGGCUCAGCAGGACCCCCAGAGCCGCCCAUCGCCUGCAGCCCUUGGGGCUUCUGCAGUACGAGGAGCCCCAAUNUCAAGAGAUUGGCCAGCGACUGCGGACUGCAUUUGGGCCUCGACAAGAGGCUCAGCAGGACCCCCAGAGCCGCCCAUCGCCUGCAGCCCUUGGGGCUUCUGCAGUACGAGGAGCCCCAAUUGCUGGAAUAGGACCAUGACCAUGUUUGCCAGCAAGGCCAGUGCCAAAGAAGACAGCAGCUGGAUCUGNCGCCCAUCGCCUGCAGCCCUUGGGGCUUCUGCAGUACGAGGAGCCCCAAUUGCUGGAAUAGGACCAUGUUUGCCAGCAAGGCCAGUGCCAAAGAAGACAGCAGCUUCAGCAGCUGGAUCUUUUAUAUCAUCUAAUAGUAAGCUAGAUAAGCCUUAUCCAGUGCUCCCUGCUGAAAAUGGUCCUGAGAUCAAAACCCAAUAUCCAAAAAUUGUUUUGAAGCCUUCAAAUGGUUCUUCCAAACCCACCGCCACUUCAGGUAAGGAUGGCCAAAAACAACAAUCAUCUUCUUCAUCGAUGCAGUUGCCCCCUCAGGUGCAGGCUUCAGAAGCUAUAACUCGAUUGAGGCCCCUGAAGCUUGUUUAUGAUCAUGACAUAAGGCUUGCCCAUAUGCCAGUUAAUUGCCUUUUCCGAGUAUUAAGGGAGAUUGUAAGCCAAAGAUUUCCUUCGUCAAAGUCAGUUUUGAUUAAGUAUAAGGAUAGUGAUGGUGAUCUAGUGACUAUAACCUGUACUGGUGAACUCAGGUUGGCAGAAUCCUGUGUUGACAGCCUUUUACCAAAAGAACCUGAAACAGACAAAGGGGACUCAAUUGGGAUGUUAAGAUUGCAUAUUGUUGAAGUAAGUCCAGAGCAGGAGCCACCUUUAUUGGAAGAAGAGGAAGAGAUGCCUCUUGAAAGUGAGCUAGUGAAAGGAGACGAGGGUGGAUCGCAUUCUUCACUUGGUGAUUCGGUAGUGGAAUCUUUGGAUACUGAGACCGAAAAGACAGAGAAGGCAGCUCCAAAGGGAAAAACAGAAACAUCAGAAGAUACCGAGUGCAAGGAAGUGGAGAUGGAUGAUUGGUUAUUUGAAUUUGCUCAGUUGUUCCGCACGCAUGUUGGCAUUGACCCCGAUGCUCAUAUUGACCUGCAUGAGAUGGGAAUGGAGCUGUGUUCUGAGGCACUUGAGGAGACAGUAACAAGCGAAGAGGCUCAAAGCCUGUUUGACAUGGCUGCCUUAAAGUUCCAGGAGGUGGCUGCUUUGGCUUUCUUCAAUUGGGGCAAUGUUCAUAUGUGUGCAGCUAGGAAACGGAUCCCAAUAGAUGACUCUGCUUCAAAGGAGCUGGUGGCAACACAGCUUCAAGCAGCUUAUGAAUGGGUAAGGGAAAAAUAUUCAAUGGCGAGAGAGAAGUAUGAAGAAGCACUUUCGAUAAAACCCGAUUUUUAUGAGGGAUUGCUGGCUCUGGGGCAGCAGCAAUUUGAAAUGGCAAAACUUCACUGGUCAUUUGUUCUCGCUAAGAAAGAGGAUCUUUCAAAAUGGGAUCCUACCGAGACAAUUCAACUUUUUGACAGUGCAGAAGAGAAAAUGAAAGCUGCUACCGAGAUGUGGGAGAAGCUGGAAGAGCAGAGAGCCAACGAGUUAAAAGAUCCUAAUGCAAGCAAGAGGGACGAAUUGUUAAAGCGGAGGAAGAAACAGGCAAGCGGUAAAGAAGGUGAGCCCUCUGGAAGUGGUGGUCCAGGGGAUAUUUCAGCUGCUGAAGCAGCAGAACAAGCAGCAGUGAUGAGGUCACAGAUACAUCUUUUCUGGGGUAACAUGCUUUUUGAGCGAUCUCAAGUUGAAUGCAAACUGGGGUCGACUGGGUGGAAAAAGAACAUGGAAACUGCUGUUGAGCGGUUUAAGCUUGCUGGAGCUUCUGAAGCUGACAUCUUGAUGGUUAUGAAGAAUCAUUGCUCUAAUGAAGCAUCUGCUGAAGGACAUGAGAAAAAGGUUGAAAAUCGAAGCACUGGUGUGGCUAGUGAAACAGAGAAUGAAGGACAUGUGAAAAAGAUUGAGAAUUUAAGCACGGGUGUGGCUAAUGAAACAGAGCACGAAGGACAUGAGAAAAAGGUUGAGAAUCUAAGCACUGGUGUAGCUAAUGAAACAGAGAAUGAAGAUGGGGAGAAUCAAGUAUCAGGGGAGUUGAUCUGAUGCAAGGUGCUUUUUCUUUGCAUGAGGGUGGAUUGAAUUUUUUCCUUCCUAUUUUGAGAAAGAGAAUUGGAUGCGAACAUUUCACUAUUGUGUACUCACUCAGAAUGUUUUUGGUGUUCAAUUGUGUACCAGUAAUUUUCAAGGUCACACUAAUUUUAGCAAUGCUGAUGAGCUUCCGUGAACAAUUUAUAACCCUUCAGGUGGGGUUUCUAUGAGGUGAUAGCUAUCUUCAUUUAUUUCAAGUAUGCUUCUGAUCUGGUGAUGGUCAAAAUGGUUAGGAUACUAGUACUGCGCAGUUGUUUCCAUGUCUCAGCCAAACAUGAGAUAACUAUUCUUUUGAAGAAAAAAUCUCAAUUAGCUUUGUGGCAGUUCUAUAUGUAAUGUGUUAUUACUUAAUGUCCAUUUCAUAUCUUUGAAAUAAUGUUAAUGCUAAAGAAUCACAUAUUUGGC